AAUCGGCUGGAAAGGCUCGCCCCAGAAAUAAAAGGGUGGAGGCGAUGCCUAUGACGUAACAGUCGAAACUCCUGGGUGACGUUGGAGUGGUCGGUGCCACGGCUUGGUUGGCACACGCUGAUCCACUGGUGCGAUGGUGGACAACCGUUUUGCCACGGCAUUGGUGAUUGGCAGUGUCUUGGCCCUGAUCUCUGCAGUGUACAUUGCUGCUGCCAUUGGUACUGACCAUUGGUAUGAGUACAGGAGCCGGCCCGGCCUUUCAGAGAUGAACAGUACUGAGCUGCAGCCGAGUAGUGAGGAGUUUGAUCGUGAGGACAGCGAUGAGUACAUGUACUCCCGGGCGCUCAUCAUGUACAAUGGCACCAUUGGACUGUGGAGGCGAUGUAUCAGCAAACUCAAGGAAGGCUAUUGGUUCAAACCACCACCAGAAGAAGUGAACCAGGGCAGUAUGUGUGUCAGCUUCUCGCUGAAGAACCAGUUUACACCCAAGUACAAACAGAUCGGAAACCACAACAGCGGAGUGGAUUACGUCAGAACCUACUUGAGUCGCUGUCAGAUCCUACUCCCAUUCAUCAGUUUGGGUUUGAUGUGUUUCGGGGCCCUCAUUGGAUUGUGCGUGUGUUCCUGUCGCAGCCUGUACCCUGCCAUUGGCACUGGAGUGCUGCACCUCCUCGCAGGAAUCUGUACCCUGGGCACCGUGGCUUGUUUCGCUGCCAACGUUGAGCUCCUCCACGCCAAGAUGCAGGACUCGGAGCCCCGCCCGGACGGGGAGUACGGCUGGUCGUUUUGCCUGGCGUGUGUAUCUGCCCCUCUCCAGCUCAUGGCCGCAGCCCUGUUUAUCUGGGCCGCCCGCACCGACCGGACAGAAUACAGCAGGAUGAAGGCUUACCGGGUGGCUUAGCUUGUGGUUUCCCGUUGCUCGCUCCGAUUUGUGAAGAGGCACUUCAAUCAUGUUUGGAAAUAGCCGUGAUGUCAAAGGACUUUUAUUUUUGGUUCUUAAUCCUUCCCUUCAUGCAUUUCAAUCGUGGAUGUUUAACCUCAUAGUGUUCCAUGGGGGGGUGUAGGCCCCCCCCUUAUUUUUGCUCGGGACCCCACGUGUCGGUAAUUCUUCAAAUCCCGUCCACUCCCCACUCCGUUUUCCAGUGCCAUGCGAUCCUGAAGUAGUCAAACUGGAUGCAAACUGUGGACAGGAAGGAGCUGUCACAAGGAGCUGGGUGCUAAUGAGCAAACUAUUGGAGUGCUUUGGUGGUGGCUGAGUGGGCCCAGGGUCUGCUCUUCAUUUCCGCUCUUCAAUAGUGCCUGUAGGCUCUUUUCUGCCCACUCUGCCCCCUUGAGAGGGCAGACAGGCCCUCUGUUAUUGCCACCCCCAUCCUUGCAGGGCUGUCACUGUGGCCCUUCCAGCUAUGCUGUGCUCCCUCAGAUUUGGCCCUCUUUUUAACAGUGCAGCAUUCCCUGUGUACUGAGUUUUUUUUGGCAGGACAGUGCUCCCUCAGGCCUGGCCCUCCAGCAGUGGAGUGCUGCCUCCAUUGCUGGCUCUGACCGCUCUGUGCUCCUGCAGUUCUAACCACCUGAGAGUGCAGCACUCCCUCAACAAUGAUCCUCUGACAGUACAACACUCCAUUAGGAACGAGACUGUCCAGAAGUGGGAGCAUCUUGUUCGUAUUGACUCUCAGCGCAGUGCUCUCGCAGUUCUGACCUUCCAGUGGUGCAGUACUCCUUCAGCACUGAUUCUUCUGACAGUGCGGCACUCCAUUAGUAAUGAGCUCCUGACCGUGUACUGCCCCUCAGAGUCCUAUCCCUCUGCUGUGUUGUGCCCUCUUGGUGCUGCAUUGAGACACUGGGAUGUGGCCCCAAACAGGCAUUUGGCUCAGAGGCAAGAGAGAGAGAGUGUCCUACUCAGCACAAAAGCUUUGUUUUUAUAUUUUUGCUGGCUAGCUAUCUAAUAAUUGCUGAGAAUGAAAUGCUGUCAUUUUCACAGGUCUUUGAGAACAAAGUCCCAAUCUGGGUUCCUUCCAAUCCUUAGGAGUGGGAUGCCCUUGUAGUUCUAAUUGAAAAUACGUCUUCUCUCUUAUGAGCUGAGCUGAAUGAAAUCAUGACUGAAAUGGAUUCAGGAGGUAACAGUAUCAUGGAUUCACUCGUUUCCUUUUGAGAAUAUGCGUCUGGGGGUGAACCGGAGUGUGCUCUCACUCCAAAUGGAGGUGGCAUUUUGAUAUAACCGGCCGUGGGACCUGGCUGACAAAGUACCUUUGUAUAUUGUAAUCUGUGUGAGAAGUCCUUAUUUAAUAAUUAGUGCAUGUAUUUUUAUGAUAGUUCUCCUGUGCCCUGCAAUAUUUAAGUUAUUGAAAUAAA